AUGGGAUUUAUUCCAAACACAAACUUAAUUUAUAAAGCUAAUUGUAGCACAGGAGAUUACCAUGGGCAAAUGAAUUUGAAUAUAUUUGAGAAAUGGGCAACAGAAAAAUUGAUUCCGAAUUUACCAAAGGAUUCCAUUGUUGUAAUAGACAAUGCUCCCUACCAUUCAGUGCAACUGAACAAGCCCCCAAAUUCAUCUCAUAAUAAGCAGAGUAUAAUGGAUUGGCUUACUUCAAACAAUAUUGUGUACUCACCAAAUAUGCGAAAGAUCGAACUGUUGAACAUUGUUAAAGAACAUUUGCCACUGAAAAAAACAUAUAAAUUUGAUGUCAUGUUAGAAGAACAUGGAUUCACAGCAUUGAGACUGCCACCAUAUCACUGUGACAUAAAUGCUAUAGAGUAUGUUUGGGCAGAUAUCAAACAUUUUAUUCGUGCACAAAACAUAACGGCAGAUAUAAACAUGGAAAAACUCUUAAAGCUUACUGAACACGCUAUAGAAAAUGUUACAAUUGAAAAAUGGAAGAACUAUUGUGCACACGUAGAAAGCUUGGAAAACGCUUACUGGGAAAAAGAUGGUAUACUUGAAGAAAUGUGCGACUCUUUAGUUAUUUCCUUGGACGAUGAUGACGAUUCAGAAUGUUUUUCGGACGAUUCGACAGAGAACGAAGGUUAA